AUAUCUAUGUAUCUACCUCUUUCAUUUUUUCUUUUUAUCACUAUCACUAGUAUUAGUUCAAGUUAGUGCUUUUAUUAUAUAAAUGUUAUCAUUUAUUUUACACUACGACAUAUUUAACUUUAUUAUACGAUAACUUGUAUUAGUAUAGUCCCAGUGAUGAUAUUGAUAAAAAAAUCAUGAAUUCUCAAUGUGCACGUUUAUUAUCCCUUCAGUUGAAACGAGAUUCUGUUUAUUUUACAACAAUCAUUCGGCAACGGAUUAGAACUCAUUCAUUAAGUGUUUCAAAGAGUAGAGUAAAUCCGAUCUCGUCAAGUGAAAAUAUUUUACGAUAUAGUAGCUAUCCGCCAAAAUGUUGGCAGUGUGAUUUUCCGCAGAAGUCUGAUUUGUUUUGUUCAAAGUGCAAAGCUCUACAGAAGCCACCGAAAGAUUUGAAUUAUUUUGAUAUAAUUGGAGUCAAGCAAGAUUUUGAUAUCUCAGUAGAAGAUGUUCAGAAAAAGUAUAGAAAAUUGCAAACUCUUUUGCAUCCUGAUAGAUUUGGACAAAAGACGGAAAAAGAGCAAGAUCUUUCGGAAAGUCUUUCAUCUCUAGUCAAUAAAGCUUACAGCACAUUAAUGCAUCCAUUAGACAGAGGUCUUUACAUGCUGAAACUGCACAAUGUUACUAUACCAGAAGGUACAACAAGUUUAGAGCCUGAAUUUUUAAUGGAGAUAAUGGAGUUAAAUGAAGAGAUAGAAGAAGCAUCUGAAAAUAAAAAAAAAGUUUUAGAACUUUUGGUAAAAAAUCGAUCAACUUUGACUUUGUUAACCAGAAAAAUAUCUGAUGCUUUUCACCAUCAAGACAUCGAACAAGCUAAAAAAUACUUAAUUAGAAUGAAAUAUUACAUUAGCAUUGAAGCACGUUUGAAACAAUUGAAACAGAAUUUAGGUAUUGUAGAAUAAAUUAAAUAUUUUGUACAUAAAGCUUUUUAAAUAAAUCUGUAACAACAGUUCAAAAAAAAAAA